CGGGGCGGAAGUGGGGUGUGGACAACGGAAGUGCCCGCCCCGGCCCCGCCUCCGCCCCCUGCCUUGAGUGAGCUGGGUGUUUCCUGCCUCUCAGUCCGGAUUUGGAGACUCCGGAGUCCUCCGACUUUUCAUGGAAGAGAUGUCAGGAGAAAGUGUGGUGAGCUCAGCGGUGCCCGCGGCUGCUACCCGCACCACUUCCUUCAAGGGCGCCAGUCCCAGCUCCAAGUACGUGAAGCUGAACGUAGGGGGAGCCCUCUACUACACCACGAUGCAGACACUCACCAAACAGGACACCAUGCUGAAGGCCAUGUUCAGUGGGCGCAUGGAGGUGCUCACAGACAGCGAAGGCUGGAUCCUCAUCGACCGCUGUGGGAAGCACUUUGGAACAAUCCUCAACUACCUUCGAGACGGGGCUGUGCCCUUGCCCGAGAGCCGCCGAGAGAUUGAGGAGCUGCUAGCGGAAGCCAAGUACUACCUGGUGCAGGGCCUGCUAGAAGAGUGCCAGGCGGCCCUACAACAGAACAAAGAUACUUAUGAGCCCUUCUGCAAGGUUCCCGUCAUCACAUCCUCCAAGGAAGAACAGAGGCUCAUAGCAACGUCAAAUAAGCCGGCCGUAAAGCUGCUCUACAAUAGAAGCAACAACAAAUACUCCUACACCAGCAAUUCUGAUGACAAUAUGUUGAAGAACAUCGAACUGUUUGAUAAGCUUUCCCUGCGCUUUAACGGGAGGGUCCUGUUCAUAAAGGACGUCAUCGGGGAUGAAAUUUGCUGUUGGUCAUUCUACGGCCAGGGCCGAAAAAUCGCUGAAGUCUGUUGUACCUCCAUCGUCUACGCCACCGAGAAGAAGCAGACUAAGGUUGAGUUCCCCGAAGCCCGCAUUUAUGAGGAGACCCUGAAUAUCUUGUUGUAUGAGGCCCAGGACGGCCGAGGACCUGACAAUGCACUCCUGGAGGCCACGGGCGGGGCAGCUGGACGCUCUCAUCACCUGGACGAGGACGAGGAGCGAGAGCGAGAGCGGAUCGAGCGAGUGCGGAGGAUCCAUAUCAAGCGCCCAGAUGACCGGGCCCACCUCCACCAGUGAGCAGGCCAAGCAACCUGCCCUCCCGCACUUCUUCUGUUCCUACCCCCGCCCCCUCAGACCCUGUGCAGGCUUCGGGGCACCUCCCACUUCCCCUGGAGUCUGAGACACUUUUGUAACAAGCCAGAUGAUUAUUUUGAUAUUUCUUGACAAAGUGGAUUGCUUCUGUUGGCCCAGGUGUGCACCCUUCUGAAAACGCUGUGUCUGGGGGCCACCUCUCCUGAGAGCCUGGAGCCUGGCUUUCUGGGCCUUGGAGGAAACGCAUGAAUGAGUUUGGUGUGUAUGUGAGAACCUUUGUUGCAGUAUUUAUUUUUAUGGUGUUGACUACCUAUUAGGGCUUCUUAGGAGACACUCCCUUAAGGGCUUAGAUUGGCAGUUCAGAGGGACUACGUAGUUGGCAGCCUGCCACCAAGGUGUCCCUGAGCGGCCUGGCCCAUGUGUGCUCUGAGCAGGCAGUCUGCUCUGUGUGCAGUUUUGUACUAGAACCCCUUGGUCAGCAGUGGAAUGGGGACUAAGUGGCUUCCAGCCUCUCCCUGGUCCCUCAGUGUGGCCGGCACACUCCAGGCUGGGGAGCACAUCGAUUCCUGGCAGCGGGCUGCUCUCUCUCGGCUUGGUCCCUUUGAUGUACCCCAUCCAGGAAGGUGCAGCCAUUGCUGCUUUAAGGGUCUACUCCUCUCUGCAUGGCUUCGUUUUCUCAUCAAGGGAGUGCCUUGCCCUCUGGUUAGGAACUGUGUGGCCGCGGACACUGGCAUCAGGGAAGGACACUGCUGAGCUUGCAGCCUGACUCAGGCGGUUUUCCCUGCUGCAACCCUGCAGGUUGUUUCUGUGCAGAAUAGAGUGGGCGUGCAGGUACCUUUGGGUCUUGUUUGUGUUCAAGGGAUGUGUGUGUGACUGCAGGUGGGGACGUGUGACUGUAGGUGGGGACGUGUGACUGUAGGGCGCAGGCACUCAGGACGACUGCCAGUUACCUGAUGAGUCUGCUGCGGAGUCGUGGCUGAAGGGUAGUUGAGUAGACUAGUUCCAAGGUUAGGUGAGAGCGUGGGAUGGAUUCUGGCUGCUUGGUAAAGGAAGUGUUGCUAUUUUUAGACCAAAGGUAUUAAGUGGGUGAUCUUGACAUAUUUUAAAGUUCCUAUUUUGCGACGGUUUGUACAGCUCACUUUGUACAUGACAGUUGUAUACUUUUUUCUUGUAUCUGACAGCAAAGCCUAUGAUAAAUAUUCAAACCCGACUGGAUCGAGGAACCACAUAUGGGGUAGAUGCUUUUUAGAUAAUGGUGUGGGGUAAACUUUUGUAUUAAGAGCCAAGAAAGGGAGCUUAUGAAUCACGUUUCCUAAGUUUUUAUACUGUUUGUUUUAAACGUCAGCCCUGCCUGAUGGGUUCAACUUUUCUAGGAAGUUAAAGUGAAUGUCAGUCCUGGUGUUUUCUAUAGGAAUGGAAAAGCCAUGUAUACACUGUUUAAAUGUUCCUGUGCAGAAUGAUCUAGCGGCACAAUCAGAUUUGCCUUGGCCUCUGGCCUACGGUUACUGUUUCGGCAGCUCUCUCUACCUUCCUCUAUCCUCAAACCGUGUGCCUGUAGCUUUGUACUUCAGCUCCCAGGGAUAGGAACAGACCUAGUGAACAUUCCAUGGUGCCUGAUCCUGCUGGCAGCUGAGUCCAGCUAGGGCCUGACCCAGCGUCAGUCUCCAAAGCUCUGCUUCCAGGUUCCAAACACUGGCACGAAGGACAGUUGUCAGCCCUUCUAGAUCACCAUCUAGUGAGUCGCUGGUGUAAAGAGUGAACUUUCACUGCACACUAAGGGCUCACAAAAUAAAUAGGAAAAGCUUUUUGUUCAUGGUAACCAAGUUCAGUGUUUGUGGGAUUCAUACCCUGGCAGGUUUGGCACAGCUCUCUGUCGCCUGCUGUAGGAGAUGGGCCAUUUGACCUCUGUGGAGGCUGAGCUCUCAUACCUGCUCUCGGUGCUGGUAAUCAGCCCUCCCAGAGUCCGUGUGGGCCAGAGGGCUCCAGCCACACACAGUCCCUGGUCCCGUAAGCACAUCACUCUCUUCCGGCCUCUGCACUAGGAAAACCAUGCUGGGAGUUUUAGGAGUGCUCACUCUUGUACGAGCAUCUGCGGACACGUGUAAAAUAAACGUUAAACUCUGCUUCUACUCA